AUGCCCUCCUCAUUCCAAAACAAAACCAUCCUCAUCACCGGCGCCGGAAGCGGCAUCGGUCGAGCCACCGCCAUCAAAUUAGCCUCUCUGGGCGCCUCUCUCUACCUAUCCGACAUAAAUCCCGAGUCCGUUUCCCAAACCCGCGAACUGUGUCCGCAACUCGAAUCAUGCUCCCCACAGAAAUUCCACACGCAUUCUCUAGACGUCAGUGAUUCCCAAGCAUGCAAUACAUACAUCCUCGAUCUCGUGCGCGAACAGGUCACUAUCAAUCACGUGUUUAAUUGCGCGGGGAUUAAUCCGACCGCGAUACCGAUCGAGGAUGUCUCGGAUGAGUAUUGGGAUCGCCUGAUGAAUGUUAAUCUGAAAGGGACGUUUAAUAUCACCCGAGCGGUUGCUCCGCACCUCACAUCGGGGUCUUCAUUUGUUAAUGUAUCGUCGGUCUGCGGGAUGGUUCCCGUGUCGCAGUUUUCGGUCUACUGCGCGACGAAGUACGCGGUGGUGGGGUUCUCGAAAUGUAUGGCGUUGGAGUUGGGGGGUCGGGGGGUCAGAACGAAUGUGGUGGCGCCGGGGUAUAUUGAUACUCCGACCAAUGUGUCGGUGCUAGGGGGACAAGAGGAGGUGAGGAAAAUGGAGGGGGCGGUGGCGAGUGGGAGGUUUGGCUUGCCUGAGGAGGUGGCGGAUGUGGUGGCUUUUUUGAUGGGUGACGAGGCGAGGUAUGUGAAUGGGAGUGUGGUGGAGGUUAAUGGGGGGAUGGCUCAUUGA